UACCAGAGUCAGGGACAGUGGAAGGAAGCUGAGAUGCUGCAAGUGCAAGUAGUGGAGACAUCCAAGACAGUACUGGGGGACGAACAUCCUGACACUCUGAUCAGCAUGCACAACCUGGCAUCAAUCUACCAGGAUCAGGGUCAAUGGAAGGAAGCUGAGGAGCUGCAAGUGCAAGUAAUGGAGACAAAAAAGACAGUGCUGGGGGACGAACAUCCUGACACUCUGAUUAGCAUGCACAACCUUGCCUGCACCUGGAAAUCCCUAGGCAAGCUUCAAGAUGCCUUGGCUCUAAUGGAAAAUUGUUCUGAGCUGUACAACAAAAGAUUGGGCCCUAAUCACCCACAUACCAGAUCCUCUUGCCGUGCUCUUAGUGACUGGAAGGGCGUGCAGAAUCCAUUGCCAAAUGAAAUUAUGAAACUACCGCAGCAGUGCCUGUGA